AUGGCUGUAACAUCAAAUUUAUUUGUUAAACAAAAGGGUAACACUACCUCUUUAAAGCAGCCGAAGGAGAUUUCAUUCUAUUCCAGGACCCCAGAGGAUGAAUUUAAUGUUAAAGAUGAUUCAAGGUUAAGAUAUUAUUACUUACCAGAUGCAGAAUUGGAUAUGAAUCUAGAUCUAUGUGGUGGCAUCAAGAAAUUUAAAGAUCAUUAUAAAAAUUUUCAAGAUCCUGGCACUUUGAAAGGUCUACUGAAGACAAUUCAAGCCUAUGAAGAGAUAAAGCAAAAAAAGGUCAAAGUUGACAUUAUUACGUUCAGAGGUGUUAUUAGGAAAUUAAUAUCAUCAGCAUUUGAUAGUCCAAAAUUUAAUCAAGUAAAUUUAAGAAUUGUACUUUUUGAUGGACAGAUCUUUAUGAAAGAAGUUCCAAGAAAGGAAGAAGAACCUAAGGAUGGUAAAAUUGCACCACCGGUAUAUAGUGGAUAUAAAUUUGAAAAUUUAGUUACUGUAUCUAAACCGAUUCCAUAUACAUCUAGAACAACAAUAGAGAAGAGACCAAAGAAAAUUGUCAGCAAUGGUGAUGAAUAUAUAUCUGUAGUACGGACAGGUGUCGGUAAUUGUAAAUUGAUGCUAGGUGCUGAAGUUGAUGCAAUUUUUGAUUUUAAAGAGGAAGAUAAAGAUAACUUGAAGCAUUAUGUGGAAUUGAAAACUACCAAUGCGGUUCUGACCCCUUCUGAUGCAAGAAAAUUUGAGCAAAAAAUCUUUAAAACUUGGAUUCAAUGUUUCCUUGUAGGUAUCCCAAGAAUCAUAUAUGGUUUUAGGGACAACAACUUCAUUCUAAAAAGUGUAGAAGAGUUUUCCACUGAUGAGGUCCCACUUCUAUUGAAGAGUAACAGUCCUCAACUCGGAAACAGUUGCGUGGACGCCAUUAAAUGGUAUGGUGUUUUUACGGAAUGGCUGCUAAAUCAAAUUCCAAGAGAUGAUCCUUCGAUUAAGAAAGCUUACAAAUUAGUAUACGAGAAUAAUCACCUAAGGUUGACAGAAAUAACAGAAGAAGAGGGAGAAUUCAAUGAACUUAUCAAUGGCGAGACAGUAUUGACAAAUGAAUUUAAAGAAUGGAGAAAUUCCUUAAAGGUUCCUAAGUAA